UUUUCUGGGCUGGGCACGUGAUCCCUGGAUAAAAGUAUAAAGAAAGAUGCGGGAGAAGGGCUGCCUAACUCAGAAGCUUCUCUGGAGAGAAGGGGACAAAAGACCAAAAGGAAAAAGAAAGAAGAGUUAACACAGAAGCAGGAGGGGGCCAUGGCAGAAAGAAUGUCUCAAGAUCUGUCUGAAGCCCUGAAGGAAACCACCAAGGAGGUCCAUGAACAGGCAGAGAACACACAGUUUAUGAAGAGUUUCCAGAAAGGGAAGGUGUCACUUCGGGAAUUUAAGCUCUAUUUAGCUUCCCUGUACUACGUCUAUUCAGCUCUGGAGGAGGAAUGUGAGAGGAAUAAGGACAAUCCAGUCUACGCCCCUGUUUAUUUCCCAACUGAGCUGAAUCGCAGUGCCUCUUUGGAGAAAGACUUGGAGUAUUUCUAUGGCCCUACAUGGAGACGGGAGAUACAGUGUCACAAAGCAACUCAGAAGUAUGUAGACAGACUCCAUCAUGUAGGCCAGGAUGAACCCGAACUCCUGGUGGCUCAUGCUUACACUCGCUACCUGGGAGAUCUAUCUGGGGGCCAGAUACUCAAAGCAAUUGCACAGAAGUCUCUUCAUCUGCCCACAACUGGAGAAGGACUGGCUUUCUUCAACUUCCCUGAAAUCACCAACAUCCACAAGUUCAAACAGCUCUAUCGAGCUCGGAUGAACGCCAUCCCAAUGGACGCAGUUACUGAGAAGAGAAUCCUUGAAGAGGCCAAGAGAUCUUUCCUGCUGAAUAUAGAAGUGUUUGAGGAACUGCAGAGGCUGACUCAAGGACAACCAUCUGCAAAUGGCAAUGCUGUACAACCAAAGCUGGAGCUUCGCACGAGAGGAACCAACAGAUCACACAGUCCAGUUGCUGCAGUGGAAAAUGAACGGGCGCAGAUGCAGCAUAAGGACAUGCUACCUAGCACGCCACUCCUGCGUUGGGUUCUUGCUCUUUUCUUCUUAGCCAUGACAGUGGCCGUGGGCUUGUACACAAUGUGAAGAGAAAGGACCUUAAGUGUUUCUCACCAGCACCUGUCUUUCCCACAACUAACUGAUCUUUCCCUUGUGGAGGAAAGGCCUGCUUAGAUUUCUCAGCCUGGGGUAGUCUGAGCAUGACUGUCCCUAGUACUAACAAUAUAGGCAAUUUCAUAAAUGGCUUUAAAAGAAUGCAAAUGCUUGUGUUGGAAACAUUUCUCUUACGAUCUUAAAAUGCCAUGAUCUGGCAAGCCUUCAGACAAGGAGAAAGACACAAAGACUAAAGACUGAUAACUUGCCAGCAGAGAGAGAGCUGAGAGAUAAAUAUUAGAGCUGGUACUUUGUCCAAUGGGGGGGGUUUUUUGUACAAAUGUCUAAUGCUUUGUUGCUUGCUUCUCUUGGUACUGAGAGGCAAGACAUUGUUGAAUUAGGGUUGCCAACCUCCAGGUGGACCUGGAUAUAUCCUAGAAUUACAACUGAUUUCCAGACCACAGACAUCAGUUCCUCUAGAUCAAAUGGUUGCUUUGAAGGGUGGACUCUAUGGCACUAUAGCCUACUGAGGUCCCUCCCAUAAACCCCACCUUCUCCAGGUUCCACUUCCAAAUCUCCAGGAAUUUCCCAACCCAGAGUUGGCAACCCUAUGUUUAGUUUAGUUUUAAACUAUGUUUCUGUUUUUGAAACACGUGUUUCAAGUUUUGUUCAGCAAUCAUAUCUGAAACAAACAUCAUCCUGAUAAUCUUGCGAAGAUCUUGCAUUUGUGAUUUAUCUUUUUAAUUUAUAUGUACAUCCAUUCAAGCUGUGUAUUAUAGAAAAACAACCAUUAAACAUCCAAGGGAGGUGACUGAAUGGUGUUCACCUUUUAUCAGAUCUUGGUAUUUUCUCUGCUAUGCUUGAAAGAAAAUCACAGCUAAUUCCUCAAAUAAAUUAGUCUUUUUUA